CUUCCUCCUACCGCGCACUCACAGAACUACACCAACGCAAAAGAAAAGAGCCGUAAUCCAAAUCCAGCAGAUCAUUAAGAGGAGCAGCAAAUCCAUCUCCAUGGGAGCGGGGAUGAAGCGCGCGAGGGAGGAGCAGCCAAUUGUGUCGCUGGCGCUCUCCCUCAGCACAGACUCUUCGACGACGUCCGCCACCACGUCGGGCAACUCGCUCGGUUCGCCGCCGCCGGCGGCAAGGAAGAGGGCGCGGCGGGGAAGAGUGGUGGCCACGUCAGGGGAAGGGGACUUCGUCUGCAAGACUUGCGGGCGCGCCUUCGAGACGUUCCAGGCCCUGGGUGGGCACCGGACCAGCCACCUCCGGGGCCGCCACGGGCUGGAGCUCGGCGUCGGCGUCGCCAUGGCCAUCAAGGAGCGGAAGAGGCAAGAGGACAAGCAGCAGCACGACUGCCACAUCUGCGGGCUGGGCUUCGAGACGGGCCAGGCGCUCGGCGGCCACAUGCGGCGGCACCGCGAGGAUAUGGCGCUCGACCGGUGGGUCGCGCUGUCGGAUCAGGAGGCGGGGCACCAGGCCGCCGCCGGCAGGCUGCCUGUCUUGCUCGAGCUGUUCGUCUAGCCUGCUACCUGGAUCUCUCAGUUUCUUACUACAGUAGUAUAACAAUCCAGGAAUUGUACAUGUCGUUUGAAUAAGAUAGGUUACGAUAGAGUACGUUACUGCUGGUUAGCAUUUCCGCUCGUGGAAUUUUGCUCUGAAUCGGUUCGCUUUCUUAACCGUUCGACUGGGGAUUUAGAUACACUUGUGCUUAGAUUAGACAAAUUGUUUUGUUCUAAAUGCAAUUGACAGAUUCUUGCACUCAGAUUGUUUUUCUAUGAAUACGUUGUUGUUCACUGCAAU